UGAAAUACCUCCACCAGGACCUCCAGCCUCUCAUUUUGCUUUGAGAUAUUCAAAAUCUGCUCAUCCUCUCAGGAACUCGUGUUCGAACCUCUUUUUUUCUCUUCUCUUGAAUUUCUUUAUGGUUUUGUGUGAAUUUAUGAUGGGGAAUUAAAAUGGUGAGGAAGAAAAAGCUGCUGGUGUUUGAAAUUUGUGGAAGCAUGAUGUGGGAUGGAUAAACAACUACAAAACUCUAAUAUGGCCUCUAAUGAGCUGGACCUUCCUGCCCUCUCUGGUGACCCCCAGCCUGGUGACCUCAUUGAGAUUUUCAGACCAGCCUAUCAGCAUUGGGCUCUCUACCUGGGAGAUGGUUACAUCAUCAACUUAACUCCUGUUGAUGAGAGCCAGGCAGCCGCCAUGUCCAGUGUGAAGUCUGUCUUCAGCAGGAAGGCAGUGGUACGCAUGCAGCUACUGAAGGAGGUAGUGGGAAGUGAUUCCUACCGUGUCAACAACAAGUAUGACCACAACCACACACCCCUCCCUGUCUGUGAAAUCAUCCAGCGGGCACAAGUCCUCAUUGGCCAGGAGGUCUCUUAUGACUUGCUGGGGAGCAACUGCGAGCACUUCGUUACCCUUCUUCGUUACGGGGAGGGGGUGUCUGAGCAGGCUUCACGAGCCAUUGGGGCCAUCAGUUUGGUGACGGCAGCAGCCAGUGCCUUCUCUGUCCUGGGACUGAUCAACACACGGUCCAGAAACAGGCCUUUCUGACAGCUGUAGUCUUCACUAAAGUGUUUUCCCUAAAUUCAUUUGGCUGUGAUAAAAAAUAACAAAAUAAACAUUGAUAAAGAUUUAAAAAA